UACCGCCGUCAGCAGGCAGUCUUAUUACGCCCGCACUCAACUACGCGAACUAAGUACUCUUCUUAGAGAUCCCGAAGACACACGAGUUUAUUUUUUCGGCUUCUCGGUACGGUUAUAUUUUGUUCAUUUCUCGUCUUUUGACCCUUCCACGAAGUUUGUCCAUUGAUCGAUGGACUUUUUAUGAUAUCUAACUAGAAUCAAUAUUCGUGUGAAUUGAUGGAAAGGUAGCCGAGGAUAAUACGGCUUUUGAUUGGUCGAUUGGAUGGUCCAAGGUGAACGUUCGUUGAUAAAUCAAAAGGAUGUUCGCCAGACUUUGCAGACAAGCUCCAAACGGAGACUUGAAGAGGCGACACUCUUGGAACAGCGAAGCGGAUUAUCAAUCGAUCGAAGCUGGAGUUGAAACGAUUUCAGGAGAAGAAGCCGAACUUUCAUCCCCCGAAAACGACGAUAGGAUUUCUUAUAAGGAAAAUGGCUGUUCGAUGCAGACGGUGGACUUGGUGGCGAAUUGUCCACUUCCGGUGGUGACAGGAUCCUCGAGGUCGCCAUCGCCAUCAAGGUCGUCGAGACCCACGACGCCCUUGACACCCGUUGCAUCGACGAGGAGCAUGGGGCAACGGCCAAGUACACUUUUGCGUCCGAAGAUCUCUUUGACUUGGGUCCUACGUGGUCAACAGCAGCAACAGCAACAACAACAAUCUACUACUGGAAACGAAAAUUCAGUCUCGAACACGACAGGAACAAACGUUCAUCGUGACACACUUUCGCAUGAUAGCAGAGAAGUAUCCUCGAGAAGGAGCAUCAAAAGUGAGAAAGAAAAGGAUGCUGGCAAGGAGAACGUCGUUGGACAGGAAAAACGUGAAAAAAAGAUUCUUCAUCGAAUCGAAAAGAUCGACAAAAUGGAAAAGUCUAUUAGCAAGGAGACCAUCAUCAACGACAAAACUAUCGAGAGUCUGUUAGACAAGUAUCCAGAGAAGGAAUUCGCAAGUGCGAAAGACACGAGAGAGAAAGAAAAAGUGAAGAAAGCUGUUUCCGAACCAUCUCUCGUAUCGCGCGAAUCAACCUCGACUCCAAACAGUCGUGAAAAGCACAGACAUAGACGUACCAAACGACCACAUAAAACGAGACCACCUAGUAGAUUCGGUUACGAGAUUGCUGACCUCGAUGCAUUUUUAACUAAGGCAUCCAUAGAAAGACCAGCAAAUAUCCCAGUAGUUUUAUCCUUCCCGUCAGUCUUAUAUCAAACGCAAGGUGGUACACAGGAUGAAAUGGCAUUACCACUCGGAACAGUAGUAAAUGCAGUCUUCAAAAAUCAAAGUUGGUUGUAUGUGCAAACACCACAUGGGCAAGAAGGCUACGUUGGAUAUGCAGCUUGUUUACCGCUAGGGAUAUUACCACAACCUACGCGUGGUCCAUGUUGGGAAGACUCGACUGAUGUUUUUCCACGUCCGUUGGGUAACAUGACUGAUACCGAAAAAUUACGAGACACCAGAUCAGAAUGUGGUGCCCGAAGUAGAAACACUAGAGUGAGAAGGGGUUCUCGAGAUGCGGUUUCCGCCUGCGGAGAACGCAGUGUUGAUAGAUUAUAUUUAAGAGCAGCUGCUAAUGCUAAAACGAAAGGAGCUAGGCACACUUUGCUCGUCAUACGUAACGAUUACGAAGGUCGUAGUACUAACUCUUUGAGUGUUUCGAAAGGUGACGUUGUUGCUCUUCUGAGCGAUCACGUAAAUGAUUGGUUUUGGGUUCGAUCGAGAGAUGGUAGAGAAGGUUUUAUACCUGCUGUGGUUGCUGGUCAUGGUUUCUUGUAAAAAAAAAAAA